ACGCCCCCUCGAGAAUCCCCGGUGACUGUCGGCUUUCUACACGUUCGUGAGCAUUGGAAAGGCGAUGGAGUAAAUCACGGCGAAGGGAAGCAUGGACAUGACGGAAGAAAAAACGAACAAAGCGGUGGACAUCUAUCGCGACACAUGGGUCCGCUUCCUUGGCUACGCCAAUGAGGUGGGGGAGGCCUUCCGGCCACUGGUGCCGGUAAGUUUGGUGUGGGGGAGCUACGCCGUGGCCACUGCUUACGUCACCGCUGAUGCUGUGGACAAAGGCAAGAAAGCAGCCUUGGCGCACGGGGAUGAGCCAGGCCAGACAACGCGGGUGGCGGCGGCCGUGGCUGACACGUUCGUGUGGCAGGCCCUGGCCUCCAUCGUCAUCCCAGGCUUCACCAUUAACCGCGUGUGCGCCGCCACGCUGUACCUGCUGGGCCGCACCACCAAAUUGCCCCUGCCCGUGCGCAAGUGGACCACCACGGCCGUCGGCCUCUCAACCAUCCCUUUCAUCAUCAGCCCUAUUGACAGGUCUGUGGACUACCUGCUGGAUUCGAGCCUGCGGAAGGUCUACGGUCACAGCGAGAAGCAGGAAUAACAAGGCACUAAAAGGCUUGAAGCAGAAAAGGGAUUUUUUUUGUUGUUGUUGUUCUUGACAUCGUACUGUAUAUACCACUAUGCAGGAGUGUUGCUGUCUUAUUCUGACUGUCAAGUCAAGGUUCUUCUAAUGUUACACGGCAGGGAUGCAUUUCGCUGUAAGCGUUCAUACAAUGGGGUACACGCAGACUGAUAUUAAAAAUCUGCAUUUGUGUACCUCUCCUUCACCCUACAUUGUGGUUCUGCUAUGAACUAGUCUGCCACAAUAUUGAACGACCUUGUUCCUCACAAACGAUAUCGUCUGGUACUUUUUUCCAUUGCCGCACUUUGAUUCUACCAAGCUGUUAGCCAUGGGAGCUGUUGAGCUUUGCACUGGGAACGCAAUUUACUCCACUUUGGCGAUAAUGGUACUGUGAAUGUGUGAACUUCACGCGUAUUCAUCGCUGCUAUCUAAUUUGUUACUAUCUUCAAGUACAAUGUCGCUGUUUGUAGUGUUGAAUGGCGGGGACUACGGGUGCGCAAACUACAAGCUAUGCAAGGGAUUAGCUGCUAUGGGGCAACAAAGGGUAUAGUUCAAACAAUAUUGGGAGUGUUUGAAUUUAUUUAUGUGUCAUGUUAGCAAUAACGGUCAAUGCUGUUUUACGUUUAUUUUCAUGUUUUGGUGGUGGUUGGUGAAAAACAGUGAGGAAAGGGAGGCUCAUGAUACUCUAUAUUCAUAUUCAGUGUUAAUAUUUCAGUUUACUUGUGAUAGUUGUGUGACUGCAUGUCACUGAUGUAAAGAAAUACUGUACAGGUAUUUUUUUCUUUCUAUUGUGUUGGGAUUUUGGGGAUAGUUUAAAUUUUAGGAUAUUUUCACUUCAUGGAACAUUAAAGCACAGCAAGUCAAAGUGGACACUCCCCUACUGUUGUCAACACUGGAGGAAAAAAACUUUUGUGCAACUGUUGUUAAAUAAAGACUACAAUGAUGUGCA